GAUUCAGUUGUCAAUCCCAAGAAAAUGAUUUGCAAUUCUAUCGGCAAUGUGAUCAGUUCCAUAGUCUUUGGACACCGGUUUGAAUAUAACAAUCCAAUGUUUCAACUCAUCCAAAAGGCUGUUGAUGACUACUUCAGUGUUCUCAGCAGUCCUAUAGGAGCGAUGUUUAACAUGUUCCCUCGAAUUGUUUGGUGCUUUCCAGGCAAACAUCAUAGAAUGUUUGCCACCAUAAACCAGGCCAAAGAUUACAUGCGGGCGCAGGCAGAACUUCGUCUUAAGAACCUGGACACCUCUGACCCUCAGGACUUACUCGAAGCAUUCCUAAUUAAAAUGCUUGAGGAGAAAGAUGAUCCCAACACUGAGUUCUGCUAUGACAACAUGGUGAUGACUGCAUGGAACCUGUUUAGUGCUGGAACAGAAACAACAUCUUCCACCUUAAGACAGUCCUUUCUGAUGAUGAUGAAGUACCCUUCUAUUCAAGGGAAAGUUCAGAAGGAGAUAGACGAUGUGAUUGGCUCAAGAGUUCCAACGGUUGAUGACAGAGUGAAAAUGCCCUACACGGAUGCAGUCCUCCAUGAGGUCCAGAGAUUCAUGGACCUCGCCCCCACCUCUGUCCCCCACAAAGUAAUCAGAGACACAGAGUUUCACAACUACCUCAUCCCAGAGGGUACCAUGGUCUUGCCUCUGUUGUCCUCUGUGCUGUGUGAUCCUGAACUGUUUAAGAACCCAGAUGAGUUUGACCCAGAGAACUUCCUGGAUGAAAACGGACGCUUUAAGAAAAAUGAUGGAUUCCUCGCUUUUGGAUUGGGGAAGAGGGCGUGUCUGGGAGAGGCUCUGGCCAGAAUGGAGCUGUUUCUCUUCUUCACCUCCCUGCUGCAGUGCUUCACCUUCAGUGGGACCCAACCCCCAGAGGAGAUCAAUAUCAACCCAGAGUGUGCCAGUUUUGGUCGCAUGCCACGUUCCUAUGAUUGCUACAUCAAAGUCAGGACCGUGGAGUGACCACUUUCCUGUCUGGAGCAGUAUCUGGCUGAAUGUUAGCUGCAUUUUCCUUUUACAUCUUUUCAUUGUAGACGACUCUGGAGGUUGUUUAGGGAAUUGUAUCUUACCAUAAUCUACAGUUACAAUUUCUAAGGUAUGGUUUUAUACUUCUAGGUUAAUUUGCAUUAACCUACACAUUUCACCCAUUUGUAAGAAUGAUUAUCAAAUGGAAAACGUAAAAUAUGGUGGACCAAUUAUAAUAUAUAUUUCUAAAGCAAUGUUAAAUAAAACAUUGUCUGUGUGAUCCUGACAUCCACCUAUAUUCAUAGGUAAAACAUAAUCCAACUAGAUUCAUAAUCGAUACACUGCUUGGACGUUUAUACAUAAAUCUAUUCACGCAAGCUAAGAUUAAUCAGAAUCAACCAAAAGUCAAAGGAAGUGAUGGAGCCCAGAAAGUAGGUCUAUAACUUCUUUAAUUAUUUAGCAACGUUCAAGCUCUGCUAAGUCAUCUCUCCAAACAAUAGCUUUCAUAUUGUUAUCCACCAUGCCUCGAAUGCAUAACUUUUUGUAAGCAGCCAGGUAGGUUGAAAUACAUCUGUUAAAAUGACUUGCUGUCUGAGCGUUCGGCUAUAAAUGCACCCACUACAGGCUGGUUAAAAUCAAUGUUAUGGUACAAAUGCUUCUCACUACACCACCAACAUACAUAAUCACAUGUUUGUCUUUUUGCCGGACCGCGUAAGCCCAAUUUGGAUAUUUUUACUUA